GUGUAGAAUGAAACAAAAACUUAUGUUUUACUCAAGCUGAGAUUUUUUUUCCAUGUCUGUACAUCAGAAUCUAUUAAAUAGACUUAGCAGUCAAAGCAAGACAAAGACAUACACAUUUUCUUGGAUAUUUCCUUACAAAAUGUCACAUUUUGCAAGAAUUUUUCAGAGAUUUGUAACAAAAUGUGCAGUAAAUCAAAGAAUUAAAGUUUUUCCACUGCUUCUUUGCUGAAUUUAAUUAUUCAUAAUGUCAUUAGAAAUUGAUAACCAAGAAAUAAGAGUACGAAAAUAAAGACACUCUGUUGGUUCACCUUGAUAAUUUGGACCUCACUAAAAAUGAAUAUACAAAAAAAGGGACGUAUACAUUCAUAUUUAUGUAUAUGUAUAAUUUUUUUCCUUACAAGUCACAAAAAGUGAGUCAUUUUCUUCUUUUACCAUUAAUAACAACACAAACAGCAGCAUGUAUAUGAGGCUGCUGCAAUUUAUUUGCCCAAUAUAAUACAAUUGUCACAUUAUUGACAUCUGAUGUACUCCUCCAUGCAGAUUUCUUAACAACUUUAGCCUGUAAGCAACCCUUUGCUGCAUUUACAAACCACUAUAAACACAAAACAGCAAAGUAUCACAUUCAUUUCAAACUUGGAAAGAUUAAAACAUUUGAAAAAUAACAACAGCCCAAAGCAUUCCAUAUUAGAAUUCUUAGAAUGCGCCUGGAUGACAUCAUCGCCUGACAUUCUACUACUUGCUUUUGUGGGUUGUAGUUUUGGCAUUUUGAGUUGCAGAUUGAUCGGUUUACUAUUAACAGUUUGUUAUUAGAAAACAUUUGUCAUCAUGAAGUCUGAUCACAGUCCCUGUGUACUACUCAAGUACACCCCCAACAUGCCAGAGAACCAUCUUCAUGUUUCUAAUGAGCCGCAUGUUGAGGUUGGAAAGAUAGGGAGAAGGGAGAAAAAGAGAAUCUCCUGGAAGUGGCCAGUCCUCCACCGCAAAACUGGAAAAUACGACCUUGUCCAGGCUGCGAAGGACUACCAGUUUGAAGCUGAGGUAAAUCAGAAAGUUUCUUGUCAGCCCACUGAAACACCCGUUGGGCCUGAUGAGGUUACUGAAGGGAGAAAGGUAAAAAAGGGCUUCUGGAAGUGGCCAGUCUUCUGUCGCAAAACUAGAACAUACGACCUCGUCCAGGCCACAAAGGACUACCAUGAAGCCAUGUUAAAUCAAAAAGUUUCUAGUCAGCCCAUUGAAACACCCGUUGGGCUUGAUGAAGUUGCUGAAGCGAGAAAGGAAAAAAAGGGCUUCUGGAAGAGACUCACUCAUCUCUUCACUUCGAAGUCUAGUAGAGCUUCUGCUUUAGAGGACCAUGUCCCUGCUGCUGAGCAGCUAGAGGAGGACGUCACAGAAAAUGACAUCAUUUUAAGGCAAUACAAAAUUGGUGACAAGCUGGGCAAAGGUGGAUUCGGCUCAGUCUACAAAGCCACACGCCGCAGGGAUGGACUUGAGGUUGCUGUGAAAUAUGCUGUAAAGUCACCGAUGAUGAAGGAAAUGAAGGUGCCUGGUUAUGUAAAACCCCUCCCGACAGAAAUUGCCCUGGCAAUCAUGGCCAACAAUGGUCCCUACGUCCCCGAGAUAAUCAAACUCAUAGACUGGGAGGACAACGAUGACCACUACAUUAUAAUCAUGGAGCGACCCACACCUUGUAUGGACUUGCUUCGCUUCUUAAACCACAAGAACAAACCUCUUGAUGAGAAGAUGGGACGCCAUAUAAUGUGGCAGGCCAUUCAUGCUGCGAGCGUUUGCUUUGAUCGCGGUGUCUUCCAUCGGGACAUAAAACUUGAAAACCUCCUGGUGAAUCCAGACACUUUGGAGGUAAAGCUAAUAGACUUCGGCUGUGGUUCGACCGUAAAGAGAUCCGGCUACAAAGUCUUCUGUGGCACAAGAGAAUAUUUCCCUCCGGAGUAUGAAAUGUAUGGCAGGUACCAUGCACAGCCGGCGACUGUUUGGUCUCUAGGGAUCGUCCUGUUUGCAAUGAUGUGUGGGGCUUUACCUAGUAUCUCCGACCACUCCUUGAUCAGGGACUAUCGUUGGACUAGCCCUGAUCUGUCAAAAGAAUGCUGCCGGAUGAUCUGCGGUUGUCUGCAGCCAGACCCAGAUGAGAGACUCGCUCUGCAGCAGAUGCAUCUCCAUAACUGGUUUAAGGUCAUGGAGUAAGAGAGGAGAAACAACUCGGCGACCCCAGCACACCUGAGGACUGCUGAAUUGAAUUGCUCUUUGUAUUGUAUUGUUGCCUUGUCAACUUCUUUAAUAAUGCAGGGCAAAUGAAUGUAUUGUUAAUAUAUUAUUAUUAUACACAUAUGCAAAUGCACUAUAUAUGUCAUGUGUGUGUCUUU